AUGGAUGAAGCUUGCAAUGACGCAUCAAAACAUCCGUGCCCAGGACCAAGUAGCAAAGAUGCUGGGAAACUCAAUGGAUGUAAAGAAUGCCCAAAUGCUUCUCUGUGUGCUCAACCAAAACAACUGGAUCCAGACAUACUGUUUAUUCAGCAAAGACUCAGCGAUAUAAAAGCCGUGGUUGCCGUAAUGAGUGGAAAGGGCGGAGUUGGAAAAAGCACAAUAACCAGGAAUAUAGCAGAGGUGCUUUCGCGGAUGAACAUCAGGACAUGCAUAUUAGAUCUGGAUCUGUCAGGUCCAAGCAUUCCUAAGCUUACAGGAACAAACGAUCAAGUAAUGUGUGAAGUAAAUAACAUAAUCAAGCCAAUCAAGAUCAAUGAAUUCCUCAGUGUUGUAUCGAUGGCAUACCUGGAAGAGCGUGAAGAUCAAGGAACCGCAUUCAGCUCAAACCUGAAGACAGGAAUAGUGAAGAAACUGCUGAAGUGCUGCGAUUACAAAGAUAUAGAGGUGUUGUUGAUAGAUACACCUCCAAACGUCACAGAUGACCAUCUGGGAAUGGUUGAGUUUAUCAAGCCACGCCAUGCAAUACUUGUAUCUACACCACAGAGAUUUUCAUUACAAGAUGUAGUGAGGCAGAUUGGAUUCUGUAAAAAGACAGGAAUACAAGUGAUUGGGGUUGUUGAAAACAUGAGGACAUUUGUUUGUGCAUCCUGUAAUCACAAGACAGAGGUGUUCAACAGUGUUGAUGUGCAGAAGUACUGCAUAGAAUGUGGACUUGAGUAUAUUGGAUCUGUUGACUUGAAGCAAAGUAUUGCGAAGCAAUCAGAUCUUGGAAUGCCUGUCCAAGAGGAAAUCUUCCAUAGAUUGGCAUGUAUAAUUGUAUCAACAUGCCUAGAAAGCAAUUAA